AAUCCAUCUGCGACAAUCAGCACUAUGGGCGUGAGUGUGAACUGACAUGCCCGAUGUGCCCAUACAAUCAGCCUUGUUUUGUAGCCACUGGUGGAUGUCCUGUUGGAUGCCCUCCUGGUCUCUUUGGUCCAGGGUGUUCGAACAAGUGUACUGUUGGAAAGUUUGGCACUGGUUGCAAUGCUUCUUGCAGCCCGAAUUGUGAGCGAGUGGGAACUGCAGUCUUCAUCCAGUGUGACCACGUUGAUGGCACCUGUACACAUGGGUGUAAGGUUGGAUACGCUGGACGCAGCUGUGAACAGG